AAGAAGGGAAACCGGACGGAGGUCUGACGCGUGGGGAGACCGUGUAUAAAAAGUAGAACCCCCCCCCCCAGGACGUGGACGUGCCCCCCCAUGUCUUCGGUCCUGUACCCCCAGCUGCCCGCGCAGCUGAAGAGGACCUCCGCGGUCAGGAGGGCCCUGCUGCUGCUGGCGGCGGCGUACGGGGUCAAGAAGCUGUACCCCGUCCUGCUGCGGCGGGCCGGGGCGGCGCCCGGCCUGGACCAGGAGUUCCUGCGCCGGCUGGUCCGGCUGCUGCGGAUCCUGUUCCCGCAGCUGCUCUGCAGGGAGCUGGGCCUGCUGGGCGUCCACUCGCUGGCGCUGGUCUCCCGCACCUUCCUGUCCAUCUACGUGGCCCGGCUGGACGGCAAGAUCGUCAGGACCAUCGUGCGCAAGGACCCGCGGGCCUUCGUGCUGCAGCUGACCAAGUGGCUGCUCAUCGCCAUCCCCGCCACCUUCGUCAACAGCGCCAUCCGCUACCUGGAGGGCAGGCUGACGCUGGCCUUCCGCACGCGCCUGGUCAGCCACGCCUACCGCCUCUACUUCAGCCGCCAGACCUACUACCGGGUCAGCAACAUGGACGGCCGGCUGGCCAACCCCGACCAGUCGCUGACCGAGGACGUGGUGGCCUUCGCCGCCUCGGUGGCCCACCUCUACUCCAACCUCACCAAGCCCAUCCUGGACGUGGCGGUGACGGGCUACACGCUGCUGCGCACGGCCUGGUCCAAGGGCGCCAGCACCACCUGGCCGUCCGUCAUCGCCGGCAUCGUGGUGGCGCUCACGGCCAAGGUGCUGCGCGCCUUCUCGCCGCGCUUCGGCAAGCUGGUGGCCCAGGAGGCGCGGCGCAAGGGCGAGCUGCGCUACAUGCACUCGCGCAUCAUCGCCAACUCGGAGGAGAUCGCCUUCUACCGGGGGCACAAGGUGGAGAUGGCUCAGCUACAGAGCUGCUACCGGGCCCUGGCCUCCCAGAUCAACCUCAUCCUGUUCAAGCGUCUGUGGUACAUCAUGCUGGAGCAGUUCCUCAUGAAGUACCUGUGGAGCGCCUCAGGGCUCGUCAUGGUGGCCGUGCCCAUCAUCACCGCCACUGGCUACUCCGAGCACGACUCGGAGGAGACGAAGCAGGCUGCCAUGGUGAUGAAGGAGGAGGAUCUGGUGAGCGAGCGGACCGAGGCCUUCACCACGGCCAGGAACCUGCUGACCGCAGGCGCAGACGCCAUCGAGAGGAUCAUGAGCUCCUACAAGGAGGUGACGGAGCUGGCGGGCUACACCGCGCGGGUGUACGAGAUGUUCGCCGUGUUCGAGGAUGUGCGCGCGGGCGUGUACCGGCGCUCUGCGGGGGGCGACGGCGGCGAGGGAGGGGCUGUCAAGGUCAUCAGGCACGGCGUGAGGAUCGAGGGACCCCUGGAGGUCAAAGGAAAGGUGAUCGAUGUGCAGCAGGGCAUCAUGUGUGAGAACAUCCCCAUCAUCACUCCCACUGGAGAUGUGGUUGUGUCCAGCCUCAACAUCGAGGUAAGGACCGAUGCCUACAGCACCCCCAAGUCUUGUCGUGCCACCCACUGUGGCUCUUUACAGAGCUAUAUAGCAGCCUCUAGUGGCAGGUCAACUGUAACUGCAGCCCAUGCGAGCUGGCCGCGUCCCUCCUCCGGCGGGGAUCGAGGCAGCCGCGCCAUGGGGCCCCUUCCUGUAAACGGCUCCGCGCGAGAGGAAAGAGAGGAUCGGGCAGUGAGAGCUGUCUCUCUGGCUGCAGGUUGGGAUGCAGAGAGUGACUGGAAGGACGUGCUCUCUGGUGGGGAGAAACAGCGGAUGGGGAUGGCCAGGAUGUUCUACCACAGGCCAAAGUACGCGCUCCUGGAUGAGUGCACCAGCGCCGUCAGCAUCGAUGUCGAGGGCAAAAUAUUUCAGGCUGCGAAGGAUGCUGGGAUAGCGCUCCUGUCCAUCACGCACCGGCCCUCGCUGUGGUAAGAGCAGCGCCGCUGGCCGAAUGAU